UAAAACACACGUGGAUUAUGCAAUAUAACCACCCGACCUCGUUUGUGUGCACUCUGCAUGGACCAAAUAAAUUAAACCAACACCUACAGCACAACUAGGGCACUAGUAUAGUAACACUUCCUGAAUAUGGUUGCUCGCCUCUUGACCAAAAUAUACAUAAUGGGUCCGUCUAGAUCUAUUGUGUUGGUUGCAAUAACGUUUCUGAUGCUGUCGUGUCAGCCACCGUCAGUGACAGGGUCAACUACCGAGGCAACCAACUCAACCAGCACUCUGACAAUGUCUAUCACCAUACCCAUCUCACCAUCUGAUGCACAGACCACGCCAAAAACCGCACCCACUUCAUUAUUAACUUACGCACAGACCACACCUAGUUCGCCAUCAACUGAUGCACAAUCCACGUCUAAAACAACCACCAUCUCGUCAACUGACGCACGAGUCACACCGAUUUUGACAGCCAUUGACCCACAGACCACGUCUGAAACUACGCAAAUCUCAUCAUCUGCUGCUGCCCAGAAUACGACAAUCUCAUCACCCACUCAUGCUCAUACAAGUGUGAAUGACAUUAAUAUCACGAAUCGAGCAGUGGCAGACUCAACAACGACUCCGAUACUGUCUACAUCCACAACUGUUGAGAAAAUAUUCCCAGAGAACUCGCAGAUCAUCGAAAAACUACUCCAGGCUUUUGGAGAGGAAUUCCUGAAGCUCCUUGGCUCCCUGUCCCUGCGGUGCGCCGUGAACCGCUUUAUACUGGGGUACAGUGACCUCCUAGCGAACGGAUGUAGUAGUGAAGCACUGCAGAAUGUCGCUACUACAAUCCAAGAAAUCUGCACAGAUGAGCAGACGACAUGUUUGCUUAGUCAACAAAAGUCUGAAAGAAAUGGGAUCCAGGUCUGUAUCGAUUCGACGGUGAGGACCAAUCCAUGCCCGGAAGUGGUGGUCUCCGAUCAGAGGUAUUGUGGGGAUUUCUACGUUUAUACCCUGAACUGUACAGUACUACAGCAAAGUUCCCCAACCGUAGCUUCAACGACAUUGAUGACGCCAGCGGCCCAAACAGUCACAGACAAGAACUCCAACACAACGGCGGCCAGGUAUGCGGGGGCGGCACUUGGAGGAUUCCUAGGGGGUAUACUGGUGACGUCACUGGUCCUGUACUUCGUAUAUCAACACCGACGUAAAAUGGAAAAACAGCGUGCAUCGUUGAGCAGUAACAACUUCCCCAAUUUACACCGUCCUCUUCCUAGAAUAGAGAGCGGUGUUUAUAACAAGAUAGAGGACAUGCAUGAUGCAAGGAAAGGGAGAAUUAAUCCAAUCUGGGUUAACCAGAACUAUGACUCUCAUUUUCAUGGAGGUGGAACCGUUGAAAACCAAAAUGUCCUUGGACAGAGCGCCAUGAAGAAAUGCGAUAGCUGCGCCAAAGGAUUCUACACGUUUGAUCCCCGAAAAUCCGUCGAUGAGGGUGUCCUUCAAGCGCCAACUAGAUUUGGAAAGUUGAGUCCUAUCCUUCCAAGGAACAAUUCCAGUUCUCAUGGACUGGACAUCAUGGGGUAUCUUACUCCAGGUAAACUGUUGGCCAAAACUGAAGGUUCAAAUUGUGCAGACGACUGCCGUCGAGCUGAUGACGUUUCUAACGUAGAAAGGAUUAGAGGCGAAGAGGAAACGGAAAUAGGAAUAGCACCCACCAAUCAAGAUGCUUUGGGAAUUCCAAAUAACGUGGAUACUGUUAACAAUGUUAGUGCUUCUGUGAAUGAUACCAACACGAUGGCAGAUGGUGAACCUGGAGUUACUUUUAGUAUCGACGAGACCGGUAUAGUGAAUGAGGCGUUCGAAGAAGAUACAGCCGGUUCUGAUUCUGCUGGAAAAGGGGCUUUAGAGGAAGUGGAAAAAGUGGGACUAGAACCUAGUAACGAUGUUGAUUGUGAGACGGUGGUUUCUGAUGAAGUUACAAACAAAGAAAUUGAAAGUUGUCGUAAUCCGGAUAAAUCUUUGGUGGAAGGGAAGUUUCCAGAAGAAGUGAUUAAGGAAGAAGAACCACUCUAUCACUUAUUAGAAAAAUUUCCAGAGAAAGUGGUCUCAGAUGGAGUGCCAAAACAGGAAGAGGAAAUGAACGAGAUAAUCACAAAAGAACAGGAAGUGAGUGAUGGGAAAUAAAACAAGGAAUAUUGAAUUACAGUGACGAAAUAAAGAUAUUCAGUACAGUUUGUGAUACAAAAUUCUUAGAGUAUUUUGCCACGUUUUUGCCAAUGGACGACUAUUGCUAGGUAUAUUCAUAUCUGUCAAGUUUCUAUGAACAUAUUUGUGCCAUUGUAUACUGUUGAUCUUGAACAUAAAUCAGUUUGUAGAUACGCAGUACAUCUUAUAUAUGUCUAACAUAUAUAUUUACGUAAUAUCUACAUGUAUACAAAUUGUAGCCACGAGGAGAUUAUCAUAUUACUGUGUUUUAUUUUUUGUACACUUUAUCUUAUUACAAUAAAACUAUACAUUUUAACGUAAUAAUUCGUAAUAAACAUGUGAUAUUGCUGCGCAAUAUAAUGAGCUAUCGUAUGGAACGCCAAGGUUGCCUUCUGUGGUUGAUAGCCACAUCAUAAUAAAAUUGAAAAUAAAACAGUUAUUAAGAACCAAACCAUAUACAUGUGAGACAUCUCAGCGUCACAUAUGGAGAUUCCUUUAAGUGUGUAUUAAUACAUUUUAAACGGUCAUGAUAACGAUUUGGGUUCCUUUAGUUACUACCAUGAACGACCAAUUUGUUACUUUACUUGCUUCAGCACGACUAUGAACUGUUUU